CUGGAAUGAGGUAUACCUAAUCUCUUAUCCGAUAUAAAAGUGAUCAUUAUUAUGGCAACAUAAGGUCUGAUCAUCUGUAUCUAUGGUUACGUAAUGCAUUCAUCAUUAUAGUCUAUUUAAGCAUAUAAACUGGAAAGGGUGCAUAUUUCACUUCUUUUUAAUACUACGUAAGCACAUCUUAACACAAUGUCCUCAGAAAAACAAGAUCAAAAGCACCGAGAAAAGAAAGAACAAGAUGAAGAGCAAACCCAAGAAAAAAAACAAGAGCCGCCUCAAGAAAGGCACAAGCAAGAAAAUAACGAUGAAGAAAAUGAUCGACAAGGGGGCAGUGACGAUGAAGAAAGCGACGAUGAAGAAAGCGACGAACAAGAAUCAGAAAAUGAUGAUACUAAAUCUGAAGAAGAAACAGACAGUAACAAUGAUGACAGUGAUGAAACAGAAUCAGAAACUGAGGCUUCUGAGGACGAAGAAGAAGACCUUACACCGCAGCAACGCCGAGCAUUAAAACGCAAACAACAACAAGGACAAGGCAAUCUUGUCAAGAACACGACGGAUACCGUUGGUCGUGUUGGUAAAGGUGUGGGCAAUGCUGUGAGAAAUGCUUCAGGAGAAAGUCAAGACGAUAAGCCCCUCAGUCUCCGUCUUGACCUUAACUUGGAUGUAGAGCUUGAACUAAAGGCGCGUGUUCAUGGUGAUGUAACUUUAGCCCUCUUACGAUAAUAAAU